AUGCUCUCUAGAAUCGGUUUGAAUGCCUCCAGGUGCAUUUCUCGCAGAAGUGUCAGAUUCUUGACUACAAAGAACACAAUUACUGACCACAAUACUGGUAGAGUUAUCAAGUUGACUGACCCUAGUCGUCCAGAAAUAGCAGAUUACGAUAAUGUUAAACCAGUUUUAGCACAAGACAAGGACCCAUACGUCAAGUACGAUGACCAACAGAAUAGAAGAAACAUCAAUGACCCAUUAAAUAUUGAAGAAGAUUACUAUGAUAUUUGGUCUCCAGACUAUUUCCAAUUUGUAUCCGACAAGACUGCCCUCAAGCAUAAUGGUAUAUUUUUCUCACUUAUCAUUGGGUUUGGUACUGCUAUAUGGUAUUUUGAAUUGAAUCCUGCUAAACCAGCCAUGCCAAGGUCAUAUCCAUUUGGUGGUUUGGCAAAGGAAUUGGGUUCGGGUAGUAAAGAAGAUGAAUAUUUCUACAGAGUUAAGCCAGAUACCACAGCUGAACAGGAGCUCGGAUUCUUGGCUAAUGACAACCAAAUCGAAGAAAACAAGAAGGCUUAUGAACAAGCUAACGCUGAUUUCCUUAGAGAUUAA